UUCUAUCUGUCUGUAUUUGAUGGUUUGCCUUUAAAGCUAGAAUUCAGUGUGUUCACAGCAGUCGUGUUUGCAGCAGUCGUGUUUGCAGCAGUCGAUACUUCAGCACCAAUUCAGGAGCACUUGGAAAGUUUUCGAUCUGUAGCAGUCAAUCAAUCCACACGAUGUCUCAACUCUCAGGAGAAAGCGACCUGUUUGACUGGGGUGAUAAGUCAGAAGUCCCCCUUGAAUGGGGGGAUCUGCCUGAAAUCCCCCUUGAACCUGAAAUUGACAGCCAUUACUGGGGUUUUCGGCAAAAUGUUUCAGUUGACACUGACGCCGAGCCCUUCGACGGUGAUGAUCAGCAUAAAUCCCACAGAAGUGGAUCAGAUCACCGUGUGCAGGAGGAGAAACUUAAUGUGGAUCAUAUGUGCAGCAAACUCCGAGUGGCGGAGAGAAAACUCCAAGAGCUGCAAUCCAAGCUCCAAGACAUGGAGGACAAUCAGGAAAACUUGCAAGUUAAGUUAAAUGAAGCCAUGGAAAGCAACAGAGCCAUGGUGAAAGAGAAGGAAGAGCAGGAUGCAGUACGCACAGAGCUGCAGUCCAGGCUCGAAGAUAUGAAGAAAGAAAACGAAGACUUGCGAGAAAAGUUUAACGAAGCUGUGACGACAAACACGCACGUGCUUAUCCAGCAGGAACAUCAGCAUGCAAAAUGCACAAAACUGCAAACAAAGCUGCAAGAAACGAAGGAAAGAAACCAAAGCUUGCAGGAAAUGCUUGAUCAAGCAUUGGAAAAAAAAGGAACAAUUCUAAAAGAGAAGAAAGAGCUGAAGAUGAAGCACGUGGAGGUCAAAUCCAAACUGGAAGACAGUGAAAAGAAGCACAGCGUGGUGCAGGCCAAAUUGGAGGACAUGCAGAAACAAAAUCAAAACUUGCAAGGAUUGCUUCACAAAGCCCAGCAGAGCAAUGGAGAUGUCCUCAAAGAAAAGGAAGGAAAGAACAGGGAAAUGCUCCAGAAGACAGAAGAAAGGAACAAAGAGAUGCAGUGCAAACUCCAUGAAAUGGAGGGAAAAAAUGCACAAGUGCUAAAGGAGAACGAACAAUUGGGCAAAUCGCAGAGAAAGCUCCAAGAUGUUCUCCGAGAAUCUAAAAAGAGGAACGGAGAACUAGAGGAGAAAUGCAAAUCACUGGAGCAGUGGAAGGACCAUCUGGAGAGAAUGUGUUCAGAGAUGCAGAGCUGGGUGGAAGCUGUGGCGAGCAAAAAUGCUGGACUGGAAGAGCUGUGUAAAGAUGCUCUAUCCAAAAUAAUGGAACUGCACGAGGAGAAGGAAGAGCAACAGAAAAUGCGCAAAGACAUCCAGUGCAGGCUUCAACAAGUGCAGAGUCAAUGUGAGGACCUGCAGGAAGCACAAAAAUUACAGCGAGUUAAAGAACUUGAGAUAAAGUGUACAACACUUGAAGCUGAGAAUGCAGAAACUCUCAAUGAUCUGCACACCAUCAUCCUGCAGCACAAAGAGCUGCACGAGCGCUGCCUCAAAAAGAAAAAGCGCUUCAAGCGCCUCUGCUGCUUCUUCAGCUGAAUCAAAGCUCGCCUCGUCUGCCACCACCUUCCAUCCAUCUCCUGGACCUUUCUUUCCUCCAGCCAUCCUCUCUAUCCCUUUCUUCUCUCUCCCUCCUUAUUCUUUUCCUUUCACCCCCCCAACCAGUCUCGGCAGAUGGCUGCCCCUCC